AUGAAGAGUGCUAGGAGAUCUGAUGUAGAUACAAUUAGCAACAAUUUGCCUUGUGAUAUUCUGGAUGGAAUUCUUGGGCGCUUGCCUUUGAAAGAUGCAGUGAAGAGUAGUAUCUUGUCGAAAGAUUGGAGGUAUAAAUGGGCCACACGUCAAGAGCUUGAGUUUGAUUAUCACUUUUUCAAGUCGUUUUCACAUGUUCAAGAAGCUAAAACAAUCAUUUAUCAAGUACUCGUAUUCCAUAAAGGACCUAUACUGAAGUUUAGACUUGGAGGGUCUAACUUGAUAAGAUUUCGUGAUAUUGAUCAUUGGAUACUUUUCUUGUCAAAGAAAAAUGUCGAGGAAUUCACUCUUCGUGUAAGAUCAAACAACGAUUAUCAUUUACCUUCUCACCUUCUUACAUUCCGGAAACUAAGGCUUUUGGAAGUUCAAAAUUGCUUAUUCCACCCUCCACCGGACUUCAAAGGGUUUAAGAAGCUUGUUAAUCUUGGUCUUCAUUGUGUCACUUUUCUUCCGACAGUAUUAAGCAAUCUUAUCUCUCGAUCCCCGUUUCUUGAAAUAUUGAAGUUGAAUUACUGCACAAACUUUGACACCCUUGAAAUUGAUGCUGCUAAUCUCAAAUGCUUUGAAUUUAGAGGAACGUCAAAGUCCAUUUGCUUCAAAAAUGCCCCUAUGCUUAAGGAAGUUACUAUAUGGCUCAAUUCACAAGUUUCGACAGAUCUUUCUCCUGUUUGUUCUAAUCUUAUAAACUUCUUAUAUUACAUGCCUUGCCUAAUGGAACUGGAUAUAAGUGGUGUUUCAUUAAAGGAUUUAACAAUGGGAGGUCUGUCAGGGAAUUCUCUGAUUGUUUUGAACAAUGUCAAAUCUCUCAGAAUUCGGAGGAUGUUAUUCGAAAACAGUGAGGAGGUUUCAGGUGCUGUUUACUUGAUUGCAAGCUGCCCCAAAUUACAAGAGUUGACUAUUGAAUGUGAAAUAAUGAACGAUGUUGUGGGACCUGUUGCAGUUGUACAAUACUUACAAGACCAUCAAAGCUUGUAUGGUGCUGUGAAGCUGCUUCGGAGAGUGCAUAUGAAUACGUUUAGUGGUUUUGAGAUAGAAAUGGAAUUUGUGAGGCUUAUAUUAGCAUCUGCACCUGCACUUGAGAAAAUUUUCUUUUGGAAUUUUUCAUGUUUCCUUCAUCAGCCGGGUAGACAACUGAUGGAUAAGAUGAAGCAAUUUCACCAAGCAUCACCUAAUGUUGAAUUCACAUUUGAAGAAGUUGUUGCAGAAGAUCGUAGACCAAUUGAACCCCAAGAAGCCAUGGAAGCACCAUAUGACUUUGAUUAG